GGCAGUGAAGCCUUGUAUGACAAGAUGCCAUCUCAGCUGCCUUGAAAUUGCCUGACAACAUUGUUGAGUGCAGCAUACUUUCCACACGACAAUGUUGAAGUGUCUCUGCUGCAAAUGCCGACGAGCAACUCCCCUUCCAGAAGGCCGACCACUUCGUAUAGUGAUGAUAGGCAAGACUGGAGUGGGGAAAAGUGCUCUUGGGAACACUAUUAUUGGGAAAGAAGUGUUUAAAUCUUGUCCUUCUGCAAACUCGGUUACCGAGACUUGCCAAAAGGAAAAGGUUAAUGACCAAAGAGACAUUUAUGUAAUUGACACUCCGGGAAUUUUGGACACCAGUAAAACAACAGAAAGCAUCAAAAAGGAAAUUGUAAAAUGUAUUCAAGUUUCAGCGCCCGGACCUCACGUCUUCCUGCUGGUGAUGCAAAUCGGCCGUUUCACCCCAGAAGAGCAAAACGCUGUGAUGGCCUUGCAGGAGCUCUUUGGAAAAGAAGCCGCUAAGUACAUGAUUUUGGUGUUCACACAUGGAGAUUUGCUGAAAGAUCAAACGAUACAGGACUAUGUGUCUACUGGACACCCAAAACUCCACAAGGUCGUCCAGACUUGUGGGAGUAGAUACGUUGUCUUCAACAACAACAACAUGAAAAACCGAGAUCAAGUUGUAGAGCUUAUAGUUAAGAUUGAUGAGAUGGUCGCAGCCAAUGGGGGAAGUUACUUCACCCAGGAGAUGUAUGAAGAAGCAGAACGAAAAAUCAAACAGCAACAGAUAGCAAGGGAGCAGGCAGAGCUUCAAAAAUAUGACUUCAGCUUCCUUGAGGCUUUGCAUCAGAAAAUUGUUGUUUUCCAACAAAUACUCAGGAAAGAUCUUUAUGAAACUUUGUAAACUUUAUUAGCAACACAUGCACUUAGUAGAGCUUCAUAACUGUGCUGAACCUGAAAUCAUUGUUGAUAUCUUUAUGGCAUUCGGUUACAGCUUUGCAUCUUCAGAAAAUCUGUGUUUCUGUCCAAUUCUCAUUAUCUUUACUGAUAUCUGUGUAAAAGUAUUAUCAAAAAUAUGUUUAAAUUCAUCUCAUUAGAACACUUCUUUUUUUAUGAAACAGAUUUUAUGUAUGAAUUCUUAUCUUUAGAGCACUGUCUGUAUACCAUAGAAACUCUUUUAGGUCUACAACUAUUAUGACCCCUUGCAAAUAUUGUACCUCCUUGUAUAUUUUUAGUUUGGGAUGGCCAUUCUAUGCUGGAAAGUCAACAUGUUUAUAUGUUAAUAGAAACUAUUGUACAUUUAAAUAAAAUGUCACUAUUUUGUGGUUGUUUUUGUCAA